AUGUGUCAUGUCACAAGGCCCACGAAAAGAACCACAAGGAUCUGCCAGGAUCUGGGCCCAACCACGGGCAUGCUAACGCACAACAAGGCCGCCCUGUAUUUCUGGGCUCUCCGCGGCAUCUGCUACCGGACGUCGGGACCCCACCGGAGCCAUGGACCGUGUAGCGUAAGAACAUGUAUCUUUGACGAAAAGGAAUUUGGAAUGUGUUUCGGCAAAGGGCUGAUUCAUGCUCCCGCUAUUCCCGUCUUCAUAUUAACCGGGGAUUACAGUAAGCCGGGGCUUUUUGCAGGUGUCAAGGGCAGUUCAAACAUCAUAUAA